AUGGAGCUCCCAUGCUGGGCUUUGUUCUUCCUGUUACUUCUGACACUUGACUGGGCUCAUUGUGCUCCAGUGAUUGGACAACAGCACAGGAUGCCAACCACUGCCCUGCAAGCUCUGUCAAACAGGGGGACGUUAAUUCUGGAAGUUGCUUUGAAAGGCGCACUUCAGGCAUUGGAGAAAGCAGUAAGAGAGCAACAACAUCGUCAGCAGGAGUGCAGAGGAUGUGCCCUGUGCCUUUUCCCAGAAUGCUCCAACAAAACUAAACAGUGCAGUGAGAGCCAACAACUUGCAAUGUCUGAGCCUACAUGUGAAGUUAUUUUGGCAGCACACGCGCAACCAGACGCCUUAGAGAGAAGCUGGGCUCUGAGUCGAGCAUGUGGAUUCUACCAAAUGUUCUGUCCUGAAGGGAAUCACACUCAAGAGAGUUGUGUCCAGGCUAUGGCUGGGCAUUGUAACAUCAGGCUUCAGGAGUGCAGAUUGGAGAGUGACAUGGAUUAUCUAAACACAUCCCCAGAGGAUGAGAACACAGUGACCUGUGGAGAGAUGUUACCAUCUACAAGCAACAGCACAGGAGCCAAGAGCCGUAUAGUGGGAGGGAGCGUAACAAAGCCUGGAUCAUGGCCUUGGCUUGUGAACAUUCGGCUUAAUGGAGAGUUGAUGUGCGGAGGUGUUCUGCUGGGAGAUUUGUGGGUUUUGACUGCUGCUCACUGCUUUACUGGAAACCUCAAUGAACUGCAUUGGACUGUAGUGAUUGGUCAGUAUGACCUCAGCAAAGAGGCAGCUGGAGAGAAAGUCCUUCAAGUUAACAGGAUUCUUAUGCAUCCCAAAUUUAAUCAGAAAACCUUUAAUAAUGACCUUGCACUGCUGGAACUGAGGAGUCCUGCUACAGCCUGUGAGAGAGCAAGACCUGUUUGUUUGCCCACAGUAUCUGAGGAACCAGCCGCAGGCACAAGCUGUUACAUUGCUGGAUGGGGCUCGCUUUAUGAAGAUGGACCCCCAUCAGAUGUAGCGAUGGAAGCUCGUGUUCCAAUCCUGAGCCAGGAAUCUUGCCGCGGCACCUUGGGGAAAGACAUGCUGACCAAUACCAUGUUUUGUGCAGGAUACCUUAGCGGAGGCAUAGACUCUUGCCAGGGUGACUCCGGGGGGCCUCUCACCUGCCAGGAUCCUGUCUCCAAAAGAUAUGUACUUUAUGGAAUAACAUCAUGGGGUGAUGGUUGUGGAGAGAGAGGGAAACCAGGAGUGUAUACUAGAGUCACUGCCUUCAACAACUGGAUUAGUCUUCAAAUGAAUAAAUCCCCACCAAGCCGAGAGCCCACCUGUUUUGAGUUGGUGGAGCUGACCAAGGCACAUGAUAAGUCACACAGUUCUGAGUUCACCCGCCUCUGCUCCUUCUAUAAACAGUUGUGUCCCGCGCCUCUGAGCGAGGAAGCAUGUACUCGUUUAAUUGAGGAAAAGUGUAGGCAGAAGCAGAAAAGAUGCGAGUUGCGCACAUACUUACAGAGCCUCCUGGACUUAUUGCGCAGGGCUGAGGAUUUCCUGCGCCACAACAUGGAUUUCUCAUUCUUUACUCAGACCAUCCCACAGUUUAUGGAACAAAUGUACAAUAACGUGUUUCCCUCCAGAAUCCGUAGAGAGAUCACAGAGCAGAUUCCAGAAACAGAAAUACUGGACAGUGAUGAUCCCCAAUCCACCUUAUCAGGACUUACAGUAUCAGAUUCAAAGAAUGGGAAUUGUACAAACAGCACAAAAAGAUUACAUACAAAAGAUAUUGAAUUCCUCUUCCAAAAUUUGGAAUUUAAGGUGGAGAACUUAUUGACCCUGAUUCACAGAAUGGCUGCUAAUGAAGCGUCUGAACCAUUUGAACAGAAGACCAAAGGCAAUCUAAAUGCAGAGGACAUUUUUAUGGGGAGCAAUGAUGACACAGUGAAAGAACUUAAAGCACAAGGUUUGAAAACAAUUCACAAACUGAAAGCCCAGCUCAGUCAGGAAGGAGUUUCCCUAAACGAUCUUCCAGCUCUAGAUGUGAAGCCGGUGGCUGAUCAUUUCAAAUUGCAGAAGAGAGAUGUAACUACAAACUUAAUUAACAUGACUGGAUAUGGAAUACAAAAUUACAAAGGGUGCCGUGGGCUGGAGGAAGCUAUCAGAAAUGUUGAAUCUGUUAAGGAACGGUACAAAUGGAUUCUUCAGGUCCCAGAACAAGAGCUGACUAUGGAUUUCCAGGAGAUUCUGGUAGAUCUGGGCUCUAAGAAUGAGAAAGGCCUGUACAGGGGCCGUGUUCGUGUCCGUGUAGCUGGGAUAUCUACGUCUUUUGUUUCUCUGGUGGGACUGGAAAACAGCUCAUUCUAUCGAAGCAUGCCUGGGCUUAUUGCACUCUCAAUGGAUUCUCUGAAAACCUAAUAGAUCCUUAUAGCUUUACUUGGGAAAAAGAGGAAGAAAUCAACAGGAUGUAUAACGCAUCUAGACCUAGAGCCCAAGGAAACUAAAGAUGCCAUUUACAUUGGACACUUGGGGCAAGAGGCAAGGCAGACUCUGUCAUAAGAAUCUUAAAACCUAAAUGAUGACAGUGUAAGAGAAUAUAGUUUUCUCUUAAUUAAAGGGGAUGUGUAAGUCAUGGAUU